AUGGAUGACCCCAAGAACGGCAUUUUCGUGCUUGACAAGAUUAUCGGACAUCGCCGUGAUCCCAGGGACAAGACACUUUUCCAGAUGCACGUCAGCUGGAAGCACGAUGAGCCGACCUGGGAACCUGAGCAGAGCAUUCAGGAGGACGCCGAGGAGGCGCUGUUUGCCUACUGGGACAGCGUCAAGGGCGGCCGGCUAGGCGCCAUGGCUGAUAAGAACCUCUGGCACGUGCUGAAGAUCGAGAAGCACAAACAGAAGCCCUCCGGCGCUGUUCACUUUCUCGUGUACUGGAUUGGAUCGCCCGAUCGGUCUUGGGAGCCUGAGAGCCAAGUGGAGGUGUAUGCCCGCCAACAUGUCGAGACUUAUUGGAAGUCAAAGGGUGGACGUGACAAGAACAUCAAGACUGCUGCUGCGCCGGCCAAGCGAGGUCGCGGCCGCCCUCGCAAAAACACUAUUCCGGAGUCGGCGGCGGCUGGAGCUGGAGAUGAAGCUGCGGAGGAUGUUCCCAAGGAGACCAAGCCCAGGGGCAGACCGGGCCGGAAGCAAAAGCGCGACGAGGCGGCGGCUGAGGCGGAGGCCGAAAAGACAGAAGAGGCGGUUACUGCCGAGGGCACAACUGAGCCGACUACCAAGGAGCCGGUCGAGACUGAUGGGGAGCCGCCCAAGAAGCGCGGUCGCGGUCGUCCCCGCAAGAACCCCGUGUCAUGA